CAGCACUCUUGUUGAUCCCGACGGACCACUGUUAAUAGCCCUGCCUGCUAUUUAUUUGUCACAGUGAGCACACCAGAAAGUGCUUAACACGAAAAAGAGCGAAGAGCAGUUUUUUUUUCCAGCUGAAGCUACAUUUUCUUCUACUUUGAAAGACCUAUGGCUUGCUACAAACGAUAUGCAGGAAUGAUAGGCAUCCAUCUGUUAACAUCGCUGGCUUGUUACCUUAUUUAUGAACGCCUUUCUGAGAUCCAGGAAGAACACAGAUGAGGGGGAGAGUGAGAAGGAGGCUUGGCUGUCUAAAGUUACAGCACUCUGCUGUGUUGCAGGUGGAAGGAUUUUUUUUAAUUUAUUUACCCAAUUACUGUCUCCGCUUAUCUACAUCAAACUCUAGUUAGCUUGAUCAAUUACUGAGGACUAUUAAAAAGACCUAACUUAUCAUGGGACAGGCAAUCGAUUCAGAGCCAGCAGUGGAAGAGUCUGAAACCCCCCCUCCGUCAUGUGAUGAUGAGAUUGACAAUCAUCAUCCAGGAUCGGGUGUGACAAGUGAGGAGACUGUUUCAGGAGAUGGCACCCCCCCGACUAAGCGAAAAGGAAAGUUUUCUGGUUUUGGCAAGAUAUUUAAGCCAUGGAAAUGGAGAAAAAAGAAAACCAGUGAAAACUUCAAGCAGACGUCUGAGGUAUUAGAAAGGAAAAUUUCAAUGAGAAAGCCCAGAGAAGACCUUAUCAAACAAGGAGUGCUAAAGGAACUGCCAGAAUGUGAGGGUAGGAGCAAAACCUAUUUAAAACAGUCAAACAUGAAGAAUGGCCAUACAGUACCAUUCAAUGGGUCACAGGAGUUGGAUUUAGGGCAUACUGCUUCAGGGACGGAAAGAAGGGAUAUGCUUUAUAAGACACCAUCAGCUGAUGAUGGGAAACAAAAUGCACCUUCUGAGCUGGAGAAGAGAAUCAGCUUCAAUUACCAACCUGCUGAGGCAGAUAAGAAGGCAUCAGUUGCUUUACCGUCCUAUGAAAAAGACAAGGACAAGAGGAUAACCCUCGGCAAAGCUCCAUCUGAAGCAGACAAGAAAGCAACACUCAAGCCUCCAUCAGAAGGAGACAAAAAAGCAACACUCAGCAAGGCUCCAUCUGAAGGAGAUAAGAGGGCAGUACUCAGCAAAACUUUAUCUGAAGCAGAGAAGAGGGCUACAGUCAUCAAACCUUUACCUGAGGCAGACAAUAAAGUGGCAGUCACAAAAACUGUUUCCUCAGAGGAUGGCAAGCGAAGUCGACCUCAGUCUGAAUUUGUGAAGCUCCCUAACUUCCAAAAACCAGAGUCUCUGGAAAAUGACAAAGUGGGUUGCCCUGCUUCAGAUACUGAGAAGAAAGCACUUUUCCCAAAACUGCCCUCUGGAGAGGAAAUAAAAAAGAUACGAUCAGCUUCUGAAGCAGACCGGAGGGAGGAUGUGAGAAGGAACCGGGAUGUCAAUGGGAGCCGACCUUUUUCUGACAUGGAUCCAAAGUUGGAUACUUUGAGAGAACCUUUGCCACCCAAGCAGGUUAUUCAUCCUCCAAAAUGGUUGGUGUUAGCAGCUGCCUCCUCCCAAGAAUCUGGGGGUGAUGGACAGAUGAAAGACUUCAAUCCUGAAAAGAAUGCUGCCACUAACACUGUUGGUAUGGGUGGAAAAGCUGUAAGGACUCUUUCUGCCAACACCACUCCUGCUAGCAUUAACCCUACUGUAGCUAACAACACAUUUAGCAAUACCAGCUUAAAUACUACUUCCACUGCGCCUGCCAAGCUACCACCUGUCCCACCUCCCAAGCCUCUUAAUCGGAACAGCAACCCUGCACUCCUAGAAAAAAACAAAGCAACUUUUAGUUACUCUGCACCUGUUUGGAACACUCUACCACUGGACAUUAGAAUGUCCCCCAAAUAUAGGUUAUUUAAAGCGGAAUUGACCCAGGCAGUUGGUGGUGGUACUCUAAUGCCUUCCAAGCCAUCACCACCUCUUCCUCCCAAAAGAACGACACCUGUCAUCAAGCCAGCUCCACUGAAUACCACCAUUACUGUUCAGAGUCAAGAAGAGAUCCAUGAUCCAGUUCCAGUCUUGAAUCCUCCUCUUCCUUCUCCUUCACCCCCAUUGCCUACACACACUCCUCCUUCCCCACCACGUACUCAGUCCCAGUCUGUUCAGCCCCAGUCUGAUUUCAACAACAUAACUUCUGAGCCUGGGCAACGUAUGUCACAGCUGCCACUUCAUAUAAUGAUUCAAAGAGCCCUCACCAGCCCUGGUCCAGCCAUGCCCAACCCAGAGGGCUCCCAAAGGGCUCAUUCUCUUCUGUUUGAGACAAAUCUUGACAACCAAAGUGAAACUGGAUCUAGAGGAAGAGUCCUACCUGUUACAAUAGAGCCUCUUAAAGUCCCUGAUGAUGAAGAGGAUGAGGAAGAAGAAGAGGAGGAAGAGGAGAUUAAGUUAGCGCCUAAACCAGGUGGACAUCAUGUUUAUAUUGGAACGCACCUGUCUGUGACUGUAAUCCCAGAAACAAUUGGUCCAGGGAGUAGUGAGGAAGAUGAGGAGGAGGAAAGUGAUUCUGAUGCUGAUGGUCCAAUUCCAUACAAAGAUGAUGAUGAUGACGAUGAUGAUGAUGACUCCAGCCGCAACAGCUCUUUGGCCAAUAAAGUCAAGCGAAAAGACACCUUGGCACUAAAGCUAAACCAGCCAUCACAGCGGGAAGUGGAGGAAAUGAGUGUUGUUCCCAGGCAGACCAAGGAGGAGUGGGAAGCUUUCCGCACUCAGAUUGGGACAGCACUUACACGGAGGCUUAGUCAGAGACCAACAGCUGAAGAAUUGGAGCAACGCAACAUUUUGCAGCAAAGAAAUGAAGCUGACAGACAAGCAGAGAAACGAGAAAUCAAGAGAAGACUGACCCGGAAGCUUAGUCAGAGACCCACCGUAGCAGAAUUGCAGGCACGGAAGAUCUUGCGCUUCCAUGAGUACGUGGAGGUUACAUCUGCACAAGAUUAUGAUCGCAGAGCAGAUAAACCAUGGACAAAGCUGACUCCAGCUGAUAAAGCUGCUAUUCGAAAAGAGCUCAAUGAGUUCAAAAGCUCAGAAAUGGAAGUUCAUGAGCAAAGCAAAAUAUAUACAAGAUUUCACCGGCCUUAAUUAUGUCUCAAAACUGGAACUAAAAGCACUUGGACGCCAAAUCCUAUAAAAAAGAAUUUGGUGUGAUGUGAGGGACUGCCUUUCUGAAUGUACUUUUAUCAGGAAUCCUUGAACAUUUUUGACUUAAAAAAAUAAACACUUUUUAAAGGAAGAUGCUGUGUUUCCCUCUUGAGAAAGGAUAAUAUUGUGCCAAGAAAGCUGAAAGAAGAGGCGAAGCUUUCAAAAGCGGAUACUGUACUCUUGAGGAUACGCUGUGUUUCCCGCAACACAAAUCAGGAUUCUUUUGUUCAUUGUGUAUCUCAAUAAUGUCUGCUUAUUUCUACUGUGUACAGUCAUUUUUUUUUGGUUAUUUGUAAUUUACUUUUAGAGCAAUUCUAUAUAAUCAGGAAAACCUUGAAGAAAGUGCACUGGAAAUACUUGUAUAUGAGCUGUAAUGUUUCAUAGCAGGGUUAAUUAUGAAUAAUACUCAUUACUCAUCAAAGUCAUUACCCAUAAUCAUAAUAUCAAAGAUGCAAAUAGCAGUAUUGCACAGAAAUGUAUAGUAAGUAUACGUAUCUAUUUUUACAGGUGGUGGUAGAUGAGCAUGAGGAGUUUUUUUUUUUUUUUAAUUUUUUAUUUACACAUCACUACUGAUAAAUUGACUAUUUUUCAUUAGCUUUGUAAACUGAAAUAAAAUUUGUUUAAUAUUUUGUUGCCAUCUUCCCAAAAUUAGGAGAUGGUUCAGAGUUUCAGAAGACUUCAAAGCAAACGUUCUGCUUGUCAGGUGUAGUCUGAGCCCCCCUACCUGUUUGUUUGUAACUUUUUUCAUUUUUAAAUGGUCAGUCUGUUUUGCAUUGCAACUGUAAUGAAGCAGUUCUUCCAAGGGAAAUGUUUGUUGUUUUUUUUUUUUAAUUCGCAUUUGUUUUAGUUUCAUCCUCUCAAUCCCCACUUUCUGUAACUUUUUUUUUCAGUGACAUCACAUUUUUGCUGCCCCUACCCAGUUUCAGACAAACAGGUGUUAGCUGGAAGAGACCUUUUUUAGAUUUAUUUUCUGUCUAAAACUAUAUGUUUAAUAUUGUUUUGGUCUGUAUAAAGCCAGUUUUCAAUUUUUUUAAAUAAUUGUGCUGUAAAUCUCGUCUUCCAAGUCAAUGGGAGGAAUCUUAAGCAGUUUUUAUUCUAAUAAAAGUGUUACUGGCA